UCCGAUAAUUUUUUUGAAGGGUAUGGCUGUGGUCUGUGCAUUUUUGAAGGACAAAGGCCAUCUCCCACAAAUAUCAUACAGCGUCCCAAUAACAAUCUGGAAUGCAGAGUUGCUAAAGCAAAAACAGUAUAUGAUCCCGACACUGGCAAUCCAAGGUCUUCAAUAAAGUAGUUAUGACGAGUCCUGAUCCACAUAGAGAGCUGAAAGACCGCUGACAUACUACUCAUCUGAACCAGAACCUGGCCCAAACCAUGAUGAAACAGGAAGGUUAUAGAGAUGGAGUAGAUGCUGGCAAAGCAGUUACUCUUCAACAGGGCUUCAAUCAAGGUUAUAAGGAAGGCGCAGAAGUCAUUUUAAACUAUGGACGACUCCGAGGAACAUUGAGUGCUUUGCUCUCCUGGUGUCACCUUCAUAAUAAUAAUUCGACUUUGAUCAGUAAAAUAAAUAAUCUUCUGGAUGCAGUUGGCCAGUGUGAAGAGUAUGUGCUCAAACAUCUGAAAUCAAUCACUCCACCAUCCCAUGUUGUAGAUUUAUUGGACUCCAUUGAGGAUAUGGACCUUUGUCAUGUAGUUCCAGCUGAGAAAAAGAUUGAUGAAGCUACAGAUGAAAGACUCUGUGAAAAUAAUGCUGAGUUUAACAAAAACUGUAGCAGGAGCCAUAGUGGGAUAGAUUUUUCAUAUUUAGAAAGUUGUAGAACACAGGAGCAUGCACAUUCAGAAAACCCAAGCCUCACAUGGAUUUUAGAACAGACAGCCAGUUUAGUUAAACAGCUGGGCAUAUCAGUAGAUGUAUUACAACACCUCAAACAACUAUGAACAUUAUCUUCCCUUUUCUAAUGUAUAUAAUGUUCAGAACAUUUCUUAGAACACUUGGUUUCCUAAGAAUCAAAAUUUGUACUGGUUUCUGCAUCAAACAUUCCAACUUUAGGGUUAUCCUUUAUGAAAGUUUGACAUUUACACUAUUGUCUUCAAAGUUAACACUAUUAAAUGUAAUAUAAGCCUUU